AGACCGCACCCCCCAACACGACCGACCGACGGCUUCCACGCACCGAAACACACCCCGCGACUUGCAUAUUUCUACGCGCGCACACACACCAGAAGAAAAAGAAAAAAAAACAAAAAAAAAACACCAUCAAAGACUAUAGGCAGUCCUUGCCUUGGAUGUACUCCUAGGUCUGCUUCGGCCUUACCACUAUCAGUAUCCGCAUUGUUGUCCCCAAGAUGUUGCGACGGCCGUCCGGCCACGUCGCUUGCCGGCCCGAAGUCCUCCUGGCGUUCGCUUUCCUCCUAGUUAACUUGCAAUGGCUCCAACUCGUUGAUGCUCAGCCGCAGCGUCAUGCGAGGUCUCCCCGCGAGGACGACGAUCAUGCCGUCCCCAACAUUGCUACCUUGUCUACCCUGACAGGAGGUCGCCCCCAACCCGUCAUCGAGACGCCCCGAACUCACGGCCGUGGCAAGCGGACCGUAGUCGAGAUCGCCGACGGGCCCAAAACCGAAUCUAUCCGAUUGAGCUACCAUGCCCAAUCCGACAACACCAAUAACAAUAACCACGCCGACUUGAUUUCUAACAAUGCGCGCGCCAACGCUCUUGCUCCGGACUCGUCCGUUCGAGCACCUCUGACCCAAUCCAACAAGGUCGGCUCCUUGGGGGCCGAGCUCUCGCAGCAUCAGAUUGCGCGGAGCUUGGAGGACUGGGAAGUGGAAGACUUUGUGCUUCUGGCGACCGUUGACGGAGAUCUGUAUGCCACCGACCGCGUUCGUGGCGAGGUGCGCUGGCACUUCAAGGCCGACCACCCCAUGGUGGAAACUCGGCACUUCCGAACCUCUCGCUCCCCCGUCGAUGAGGACUUCCACGAGAUGGAUCACUGGAUCUGGAUAGUGGAGCCCACAAGGGACGGCGAGAUGUACAUUUGGAGACCGAGCGACUCGGGUCCCCAGCUGACCAAAAUGACUAUGACCAUGAAACAGCUGGUUGAAACCUACAGCGGCCUCCACAUGAACGGGAUCGUUUACACGGGCGAGAAGAGGACCAACAUGGUGACUCUCAACGCCGCGACCGGUGCCAUGAUCAAGAACUUGGGCCCCAGAGGUGUCAACAUCAACAAGGUCGAGUCCGAGCGAUGUCUUAGAGAAUACGCCCUUGGAAACAGCAUCACCAGCGAGUGCAGCAACAGAGAAACCAUCACCCUCGGCCGUACCGAAUACAUUGUUGGUGUGUAUCGCACCGACGGCAGCCCCAUUGCAUCCCUCAAGUAUUCCGAGUGGGCCCCCAAUGUGUUGGACGGCGACUUGGGCCAGCAACAUUCAGCUACACCAGACAAGCGCUAUAUCACUGGCAAACCAGACGGAACCUUCUUUGGCUUUGGCCUUGAUCGGGAGAAUGGUGACCGGCCGCUCUUCUCCCACCAGCUCACUUCCCCUGUUGCUCGCGUCUUUGAUGUCCUGCGUCGUCAGUGGAAUCCGACCGGCAGCAGCGACACCGACUUGAUUAUCCUUCCCCAGCCUCUGUUCCCUGUGAAUCCCGCAAUUUCACGCCUUCGCAGCGCAAAGGUUUUCGUCAACCAUACUGAGGAGGGUAGUUGGUAUGCUCUUUCGGGAACCCAGUAUCCCCUCAUCCUCCAUGCCCCACCUGCCCCCAUCCACAAGUUUUGGCCGCUGGAAGGUUUGAACGAGGACAAAUUGUCCGAAGCACUCGUCGGCACUCAUGAUCUGCCUGACUGGCGAAUCCCCAAGGAAAUCAACCGCCUAGUGCCACUUUUAGAUGCGCCUCCUCCUCCCGCCGGAGACGCCGUUAUUACUGGUAACCCCACGGUUCCUUCGUCAGCAGGGGCACUGCCCGGCCUACCAGCACCGGAUACUGCUACGGCACUGCCUGUGCAAGCCUCUGACUUUUUCCUCAACCCCUUUACUCUUCUGGUUGGAAUUGUGGUUGUCAUUGCCGUGUGGACAAGGGCCUGGAUACCUCAGUCAUCCAAGAAAGGCUACUCCUUGGAAUGUUUCCUGGAUUUUAUGAGAACGCUCGAGAGGAAGGUUGUGGACCUUACGCGCUUUAGGAUUCACGUUGUUCGUACAGAGCCGACACCAACCGUGACUGAUAUCACGCCGCGCUUGGAGGCCGCUAAGGAGGAAAGCAGUAAGCCCGAUCCCUCCUUGGCAGACUCAUCCGCCGGGGAUUCUGGCUCAGAUGAAGGGCUGGCAAAGAAGGAAGUGACGUUUGCCGACCUUCCUAAAUCAUCUGAGACGCCACCGCCCGGUGAUACAAAUGACGCUCCUGCUGAAGUUGUCAAGCCGAAGAGGAAGGCUCACAGAGGUCGCCGCGGCGGUAUCAAGCACCGAAAGGGUCCUAGAAAUGAGAACACCCAGUCCCGUGAUGACGAACCCCCUGAGCCCACUGUGGACGAAGUCGUCAAAAAGGCUCAAGAGAUCGGUCAACAGCCAAACUUGGAGCCAGACGUCAUAACCAUUCCAAAUGGUGUCGAUAAUGUCUCUGGUCCUAUUCUGAAGAUGGGUAGUCUGGAGGUCAACCAGGAGCAACAGCUCGGCAUAGGAAGCAACGGUACCAUCGUUUUCGCCGGAAAGUGGGAUGGACGUGAUGUUGCCGUGAAGCGCAUGCUGGUCCAAUUCAAUGAGAUUGCCAGCCAGGAAACCAAGUUGCUGAGAGAGAGUGACGAUCAUCCGAACGUCAUCCGGUAUUUUGCUCAACAACAGUCUGCCGGAUUCCUUUACAUUGCUCUCGAACUCUGCCAGGCCUCCCUCGCAGAUGUCAUCCAGCGGCCCAGUAUGUUCCGUGAACUUGCUCAGGCGGGUGAGCGCGACAUGCCGGGAGUUUUGUACCAGGUCGCCAAGGGAUUGAGCCAUCUGCACAGUCUUCGGAUCGUUCAUCGUGACCUCAAGCCCCAGAACAUCCUUGUCAACAUGGGUAAAGAUGGUCGCCCGCGCAUUCUCGUUUCUGACUUUGGCCUUUGCAAGAAGCUGGAAGGUGGACAGUCGUCGUUUGGCGCUACUACCGCCCACGCGGCUGGUACAACAGGCUGGCGUGCCCCGGAACUGUUGCUUGACGACGAUGGAGGCCCUGGACCAGGUGCCACGAUGACUUUUACCGACCCUGGUUCCAGCAUGCACAGUGCUUCCGGUACAGGUUCUGGAGUUGUAGGAGCUGGUGUCAAUGUGCGCCGCGUCACCCGAGCGAUCGACAUCUUUUCUCUUGGUUUGGUCUUCUUCUAUGUCCUCACCAAGGGACAUCACCCCUUUGACCUCGGUGAUCGGUAUAUGCGCGAGUCGAACAUUCGCAAAGGCAAAUAUGACUUGCAACUCCUUGAAGUCCUCGGCGACUACGCUCAUGAUGCCAAAGAUCUCAUUGAGAGCAUGCUGAACAGCAACCCCAAGAAACGGCCGACUGCGAUUGGGGUCAUGGCUCAUCCCUUCUUUUGGAGUCCCAGGAAGCGCCUCAAUUUCCUUUGCGACGUUUCGGAUCACUUUGAAAAGGAACCUCGUGAUCCUCCUUCGCCAGCACUUGCGUUGCUAGAGGAGCAGAGUUCUUGCGUGAUUACCAACGGUGAUUUCCUCAAGGCCUUGCCCAGGGAGUUUGUUGAAUCACUGGGCAAACAGCGCAAGUACACAGGCAAUCGUAUGCUUGAUCUCCUGCGGGCGCUACGCAACAAGAAGAACCACUACGAGGACCUUACUCCCCAGCUUAGGAAGAUGGUCGGGCCAUUGCCGGAAGGAUACCUCGGUUUCUUUACGACACGCUUUCCCAACCUUCUGAUCAAAUGCUGGGAAGUGAUUGCGGAUCUUGACCUGGAGGAAUCGGAUCGGUUUAAGGAGUACUAUGAACCAGCUGGGUUGUAGCGGAUGUGUA